CUAUACCUACAGUUUCAGCCUUUCAAAUCUUUUGCUCAAAGCCAAAAUGGAAGUUUGUAUUACUUCAAAGGAAAUGGUUAAGCCAUCUUCCAUGCAAGUUUAUAAUCGGAAGCCAUUCUCGUUAUCAUUGUUAGAUCAAUUCGUUCCAGCACAUUAUAUACCACUCAUCUUCUUUUACAGCAAACCCAGUGAUUCCCGUUUCAACACUACUGCCCAAAUAUUGGUCGGAUUGAAGGAAUCACUGUCGGAAGCCUUGAAUCACUUUUACCCUCUUUCUGGUCGGACAAUCGACAACCUCCGCAUCGGUUCCUUCGACAAAGGAGUGCCAUAUGUAGAAGCUAGGGUCAAAGGAUGCUUAGCCGAUUGCAUUGCGCAAACGGAGCUAGAAUUGUUCAAUCAGUUGCUUCCAUGCCAAUGUUAUUGCAGUGUCCUACCUUCAGCAUCGCCCCAAAUAGCUAUCCAAAUCAACAUCUUCGACUGUGGUGGGAUCGCCAUUGCCUUUUGUGGUUCCCACAAGAUCAUUGAUGCGGCAACUGCGUCGGCUUUCAUCAAAAGUUGGGCAGCUUUCAAUCGAGGCUUCGAUGGCAAGAUAUCAAAUCCCAAUAUGUUAGACGCAGGGUCACGGUUGUUUCCUCCGUUGGAUCCGGUUCCGCCAAAAUACGCAUCUUUAAUUGAAAGGCUUUGGUUCGAGGAAGGGUGGUAUACGACGAGGAGAUUCGUGUUCGAUGACCAAGCAAUAGCCACUCUGAAGCUCAGAGUGAAAAGCAAACGUCUCGAGCAUCCAACUCGAACCGCAACUCUCGCUGCAUUUCUAUGGAAACACGCCAUGUUGGCUUCUAGAGCAGCAAGUGGACGUUCGAAACCAUCUUACUUAAUUCAACCAGUGAAUUUACGAACAAGAAUGAAGCCAGGAUUACCCAACCAUGCAAUAGGGAACCUGAAUUGCUUGACGGUUUCAAAAUAUAACUCAGUCGACAGAGACAUCGAGUUGCAUGAGUUGGCCUAUUUGGCGAGAGAAGCAAUCGAGGUUUUAAACGAUCAAAUUCCCCUUUUGCAAAGUGGGGGCAUGCUGAAAUUCCAAACUGAUCAGUUCAAUGAUGUGGAGGAUGUUCACUCAAAAGAUGAUGUGGAUUUUUUCGACUGCGUCAGUUGGUUGAACACACUUGAUAAAAACGAAGUUGAUUUUGGGUGGGGAGAUCUAACUAGUUUGAGCAUGGGGUGUCCCGAGACUCGGUACAAUGCAUUUGUUAGUUCUUUUAUUUUAAAUGAGACUGAGAAGAGUAAGGGCGUUGAAGCAGUGGUUACUUUAGAUGCCAAGACAGUGGAUAUUUUGGAACGUGAUUCUGAAUUCCUCACAUUUGCUUCUGCAAAAUAA